AUGCCCGAGCUGAUGCCAGAAUUUGACCUCGCGUUCAUGUCUCAGAUGCUGGGCGGUGGAGCCGUCCGGUCGGAGCCAGAAGACCCAGCCACUGGCGACGACGAGACGACGAUGCAGCAGGCCGCCGUCGACAUUGCCCUCCAGCUUUUCACGGAUGACGGCGGGCUGCAAGCGCUGCUCGCAUCUGAUGAACCGAGCGCAGAGAGGGUUGCGCUGGAGGGCGCCGACAACGCGCUUGCAAACUCGCGUGCGAGGUUGGAUCAGCUUUACGAAGUGGUCAGUGACAAUCGUCACUUGGAGCACUUGGAGUGCAGUCGGUAG